UGUUUAUAUUUUACGGAAAAACUUCAUGCUUGAAAUGAUGAAGUUGUUGUUUUUCGCUCUCAUCCCCCUGGUUUAUGCAACCCCUGGUGGGUGGCAAAAAGUUUCACUUGAUGAUUUAGACGUUAAAGAAGCAACAUUAAAUGGAGUAAAGUUUUUAUCUAGACGAACGAAUUCCUUGUAUCACACAAGGCUGAUAGAAAUUGUAGAUGCUGAAAAACAGAUUGUUGCUGGGGUUAAUUACAAACUUCAAGUAAGAGCUGGUUAUACAUCAUGCAAAAAAUCUGAAGUUAAGUAUGAAGAUCUUGAAAGCUGCGAAUUUCAAAAUGGGCCACACAAACUUUGCAGCUUAAAAGUUUAUAAAGAUUUGCGAGGCAGGCAUACACUGACGGAGUUCCAUUGUGAAACUGAUUCCGUAAAUAGAUCCCCCAUCGUGAAUCUUCACCAUGAUUAUGCAGAAAAAUUACUUUUUGAUGAUUUCAUUGCCAGGCAUGGAAAAGAAUACAAAGAUGAAAGAGAAAAAAUGGGUCGAUUCAAAGUCUUUCAAGAAAACUUAAAGAAAAUCAAAUUUCUGAAUGACCAUGAGAAAGGAACUGCAAGAUAUGGUUUAACACACUUCGCUGACUGGACAGGGGAAGAAUUCAAGCGAAAUGCUUUAGGCUUACGCCCAGAUCUUAUGGAUGCAAAUGAAAUGCCACCUUCAGCUGAAAUUCCAAAAAUUAGCAUCCCUGAUUCAUUUGACUGGCGGGACAAAAAAAUAAUAACUGAAGUUAAAAAUCAACAACAGUGUGGAUCUUGCUGGGCAUUUUCUACCACUGGAAAUAUUGAAGGACAGUGGGCACUGAAAAAGAAGGCUUUGGUUUCCCUAUCAGAACAAGAACUAGUGGAUUGUGAUAAAGUAGAUCAAGGAUGCAAUGGAGGAUUGCAGACUAAUGCUUAUAAAGAAAUUAUUCGCCUUGGUGGAUUAGAACAAGAGCAAGACUAUCCCUAUGAGGCUGAAGGUGAAAAAUGUGAGUUUUCAAAGUCUAAAGUAAAAGUUUACAUCAAUGGAUCAGUCACGAUUUCUUCAAAUGAAACAGAAAUGGCACAGUGGUUGGUGCAGAAUGGACCUAUUGCAAUUGGAAUUAAUGCAAAUGCUAUGCAGUUUUACUAUGGUGGAAUCUCUCACCCAUGGAAGUUCCUCUGCGACCCAAGCAACCUUGAUCAUGGUGUCUUGAUUGUUGGCUAUGGUGUUCACACGUAUCCGAUAUUUAAAAAGACUCUUCCUUUCUGGAUUAUAAAGAACAGUUGGGGUGCCUCUUGGGGAGAACAGGGUUAUUAUCGAGUCUACCGUGGUGAUGGAACAUGUGGAUUGAAUUUGAUGGCCUCAUCAGCUGUUGUUAAUUAAGAGCCCGUGUGGAACAAAAAAGUUGUUGUACUUUUAUUUUAAGGUGUUGCCUAGUAUUGUUGAUUGUUUUUCUAAAAUAACUUUUUUAUUUAAAUGUAGAACAUUUUAAUAAAGUUUGUAUUUUUAUAUUUGUCA